AUGAGUAAGAAGAAGAAUCCUACUGUAUUCUUGGAUGUAUCGAUUGGUGGAGAUCCUAUCGAACGGAUUGUCAUUGAGCUUUUUGCUGAUGUUGUCCCCAAGACUGCAGAAAACUUUCGGGCCCUCUGCACAGGUGAGGCGGGCAUUGGAAAGACCACUGGGAAGCCUCUACACUUCAAAGGAUCAUCAUUCCACCGAGUAAUUAAAGGUUUCAUGGCUCAGGGUGGUGAUUUUUCAAAUGGAAAUGGCACUGGCGGGGAGGGCAUCUAUGGUGGGAAGUUUUCAGAUGAGAAUUUUAAACUGGACCAUGAUGGAGCUGGAAUCCUUUCCAUGGCAAAUUGUGGCCCAAACACCAACGGAUCUCAAUUUUUUAUACUUUUCAAACGCCAGCCACAUCUCGAUGGGAAGCAUGUUGUAUUUGGGAAAGUCGUGAAGGGAAUGGAAGUAAUCAAGAAAAUGGAACUUGUGGGGACGAGUGAUGGGAAACCUACCAGCCUUGUAAAAAUUAUAGACUGUGGAGAAGUUCAGGAUGCUGCUGAAAGAGAUAAAGUUCUUCCAGUGAUGGGAAGCAUAAGAAGAGGAGGUCAACAAAGAGACACAAAGGCCGACGCGGGGAAAGAAAAAUUAAAGGACGAAAUGGGAAAAAGAAUGCUCGGCGAGAUAGACAACGUCGGCGCAGCAGUGGUUCUUUACAGAAACACGGAUAGUUCAAGUGAUACCGAGAGUAGCAGCAUGAGUGGCAAUGGUGGAAAACAAUCAACAACUGUGCAUGUAGGGAAUGCUACUGAUUCUAGUCCUGUUGAGAAGAAGUUUCCAAGAGAAGAACCAGAUUCUUUACUGAAGGACGAUGAACCCGUUGGUAAUGGAAAGGGCACCAGAACUGAUAAUGAACGCGCCGACUUGGAUGACCCAGUGAAAUCAAGGAGCAUGAGCCCAGUUAGGAGAAAUCAAAACAGAAGCAAAAGUCCUAGUAGGAGCCCUGUGAGAGAUCUUGGAAAUGGAAGCAGAAGUCCUCGCGAGAGGCCAGCAGAGAAAGCUGUGGGGAAAUCUUCCAGAAGCCCAUCCCCUAGUGGUGUGCCCAAGCGCAUCCGAAAGGGACGUGGAUUCACAGAACGCUAUUCCUUUGCUCGGAAGUACCGUACGCCUUCUCCUGAGCGUUCACCUCCUCGACACUGGCCUGACAGAAGAAGCUUUCAGGAGAGGAACAGGGAUAGGUAUCCAAGCAACAGGGGUUACUCUGACCGCUCGCCGAGAGGACGCUUUAGAAGCCCACCCAGAAGAAGGAGCCCUCCAAGGUACAACCGGAGGAGGAAUACUUCUCGGAGUCCAGAUGGGUACCGCAGACGUUUCAGAGACAGAAGCAGGAGCCAAAGUCCAAGGCAUCGUAGCUCUAGCCAGAGCCCUAAGAAGAGACAGCCAAUUAGCCAAGACCUUAAAUCUCGUCUUGGGCCGCAGAGAUCCCCCAUCAUAGGAGGGCACACAUCUCCAGUAAAAUCACUCAGCCCUUCUCCCUCAGUCUCUCCAUCCGGACAGAGGGGUCUGGUUAGCUAUGCAGAUUGA